UUUUUAGUUGAGGGAGUUGGAUUUUUUUUCAAUUAUCCAGGUAUACGAAGAAAGCUGACUGUUCUAUAAACUAUCAAAGAGCCUUUACAAAUGAUUUUAAAUAACAGUAAAUCAAAUUCAAAAUUUACAAGUUCCAUGUGUGAUAUCAGUCAAAUGUAGCACUAGAUCCGCUCCAGACAUAUUCAUUCUAUGAAAACUUCCUCGUCCAGGAUCUAUUUGAUUCUAUUAAUUAUAGCUUUCCGCGUUGCUUUUGAAAUAGAGAUGUGAUUCUACAUAGACACACGACAAAAUGUCGCAGUUCAGUUUUCUAGCCGAAUUUGAAAAGUCAUCGGACAGGACGGAAACAUAUUUUCGAGGAAUCUGGUCCAAUGAUACACCUGAACAAUGUGACGAAGAAGUUCAAAAUGAGUUCAUAAAUGUUCAAGAAGAUAGUCUGCAGGGAAGCAGUAUUACUUUCCCAAACGAAACACAAAACAAUCAGGAUCCGAGGGAGACGACCCUCUCAAAUAAUGUUGCCCAAGACUCUGAAGAAAACUCAAACUAUGUCGUUUCAGAAAAGGUGGACAUACAAUCGGCCUUCGUUUGUUCUGGAAAUCAGCAGGAGGCUGAUUUAACUUUCAAAAACAAAGCAUUAAAAAAGACGAAAAUCAAAAACGCUGGAAAGAAAGACGAUCAAGACUUAACAAAUAGAUCAGACGUAAAAGAAAUAGAAAAGAGGGAAAAGGAAAAAGACCCUUCUUCUCCAUCGGAAAACUUGAGUGAACGUGGCUACUCAAACAUGGAAUCAUAUCUGGAUGAUUUCGAUACUGAGGCAACUGAUUAUUUUGACAGUGAAGAUGAGUAUUUUGAAACAUACAGAAACACUGUUGAAUACAAUAGUACGUUUCCUUUAUAUGGAAUGAGUCAUUUUCGUACCACAACGUCUACAGAAAGCGGGAGAUACAGUCAAGGUGUAUCACAAUACAAAAACAUGCCAGUUUUCAUGACGUCCUUACAGAAAUUUGCAAAAUCCAAUGGAUUUACUGUACAUGAUGUUAUGGCAGAUGGAAACUGUCUUUUCAGAGCCAUUGAUGAUCAACUUUCUGUUAACGGAAUCUUCGGCAACUCCCCGGAUUCACUGCGGAAAAACACUUUAAAGUUUCUUCGGGAAAAUCCAUAUCAAGAAGAUGGGUCACAUACCGAGUCGUUUCUUUUCACCGAAAGUUGGGAACAGUACUUGUCAAGAAUGGAGCAAAAUACGGAAUGGUGUGAUCACGUCAUAUUUAAAGCCGCAGUUGACGCCCUUGGGUUACGAGCUGUUGUCUUUAAUGUGUAUGGGAACGACAUCAGGCGCACAGAAGUUCUUUCCAGAAACCCGUCUGAUGGAAGCUUAACAGUUUAUCUUGGUCAUUUUGGAGAAUUUCACUAUCUUAGCUUAAGACCUAACAACUGGAAUAAAGAGUGGCAAUACAAAGCGCUGAUGUUCAGACAACAAUUACUCACUAAAAGGUUUGAAAGUAUGAAAAUUAAAACGAACGAGACAGAGGGCGUUAAUGAUUUCCAAAGAAUGAAAAAAGAGACAAAAGAUGAUAAGAAAUACAUAGACUUUGAAAAUUUUGGGUACACAAUAUGUCCAGUUUAUGGUUUAAACGACCUUGAUACUGAAGAAAAUGAAGAACCAAUGCAUCGUCUUGUAGAGGAUCCAUUUUACAUUGAUACGCGAACAGGACUACCACUACAACAUUUAUCGUAUCUCAUGAAGCAUUUGAUUCCUCCUAAUAUGGAUCUUGUUAAUUCUUUUGCACUUCCACCGGUACAAAAGGAUGGGACGACGUUUCAGUAUUUAGGAUCAUUUGCUACGGGGACCUACGCAUUCUUAAAGGACAUUACUCGAGGCUACACGUCACGGAAUUUAGUAAAGAAAGAUGCUACUGUCGUUGCUUUAAGGCCCCUUACAUCGGGUAUUUUAAUCGAUACAAAGGACACACAUCCAGGUUUCCUACGAUUAAAAGUUUUAUCAAUGUCUCAUAUAUUCCCAGAGAGAAAUUUGCAUCGAUGUGAAGAUAAUGUUUUCCUGAAAAGAUUAGAUGUCCCCGAUAAUAUGCCUUUACCCAAGAGGUCAGAAAGAUGCUAUAUGGGAUUUAGUAGUGGUGAAUUCCCACUAGCGGCAGAAGAAUGGCAAAAUAGACAAAGGAAAUUCAAAUGGCCAUCACAAAACGUAGUUGCUGCUAUUCAUAAUGCAGGGUGUACCAUCAUUCCAAAACAUCACCCUAGGAGCUGUAAUCCAGAAAUCGAGUGGAAAUUCAACUUCACAAACUCUGAAAUGUUACUAUUUACAAGAGCAGUUACAGAAAACCAAUGUCGUGGGUUUAUCCUUCUACAAAUACUCAUCAAUUACAGUACAUGCAAUUUGAGAUGCAAAUUAAAAAUGAAACACACUAAGGCAGUAUUUUUGAACUGCUGCGAGCAGGUUCCUGUUGAAAAAUGGGAAACAAACUUGAGUGGCUGCAUUCUUUAUGCAUUUGUAUUUUUAUUAGCUUGCCUAAGAAAAAGAAAUCUGCCGCAUUAUUUCAUACCAUCGUUCAAUUUAUUCGAGAACUUCAAGGAGGGAGAUCUUGAAUCCAUACGUAUUCAAAUUGAGGCUAUCCGAUUGUUUCCAGUGCAGACUUUAAACUUUCUUGCUGAAAAUUAUGGAUACACAUACGGAGCAAUUCUGUCAAGAUUGGUUUUACAGGACUGUAAAAGAUUUGCAUCAAGUAGAGAUAUAAUGUCAACUUAUCAUGAUGUUUUCGUUCCUGGAACAAUUAGAACAGUCAAAUUUUUAACAAGGCAAGGUCAUUAUGAAGCAGCUUAUUAUCUUCUUAAUGAUACUUAUGCGUCACAUCUUUGCUUCGCAUUCAUAAAUCCUAUCGAUUUAAGUAGUAAUUUCACGGAAUUUUUCCGUCAUGCUCUCAAUGAAAUUCACCAGGAAGCCUCCAAAACAAUUUUGGCAAAAAAGUUUGAAAAGGAAUAUGGUAUAAACGUUAUGGAUUCCGUCAUGUCAACAGGUGGUCUACUCGUUGCAGAUAUAUUACCAUGGGGAGUAAACUACGAGAUUGCAAACCUGCAUAUACCAAUGGAAAAAACGUCGAAUUUCGAUUUAAUCGGAGAUUUUUUUUACGAAUAUAGUAAAACUGAAGUAAAGAGAUAUAACAGCAAUCUAGCUACGCUAGGAAUUUCGGAAGCAAUUCGAUGCUUCGAAAGAGCUAUUCAAGAGGAGCCUGUCAUUGAUGUCGAAAUAGAUGAUGAAGCUUUAAUAAAAGAUAUUCAGUCUCAGAAGUCCGAAAGUAUGCAAAGAAUAAAAGAAAAAUUGAUGUAUUGUUACAUCCAUACCAUGAAGAUUUCGAAAAUGCACCGGACAUUCCUGCCUUUGGAAAUGUAUAUGCCUGCAAUAGAAGAACUAUGCCAAGAAUUACCAGAUAUGAGUGGAGUUGUCAGUGUUAUGUACCAAUAUUUGAAUAAUCAUAGUAAACAGAAAGAAUAUGAAACGCGUUUUGAUAGUUUCUUCGGGACAGGUGUCAAAGAACCAUCAAGAUUAAAACAUAAUAGAUUCUGAAUUGUCACGAGAGAUAGAUAUUCACCUGUAUGAUCUGUAAGCAAAAGUUCACGACUAUAAAUAUACUAUGAGUAAUAAAAGUCAAUAUACAGUGGGAAAAAGACACCUUUGUUUCAGUGAUUCGUGCAAAAGUGAUUGAGUACUGUAGUAAUGUGUUCUAUUUUCCUCAUUAUAUGUUUUUAUGAUGAAAAAAAUGUAAAUU